AUGGAGAACGAGAAGAGCCAGACUUAUUCCAACGAGGAGCAAGCCAAGCCCACAACCAGCUUUCUUCGAAGAGCAAUGACACUGACUGAACUCCCGCAGACUCCGCAAGACCUGCCCGCCAUGCAGAUCUGGUUCUUCACUCGUUGCCAGUCCCACGACCAAGCCUUCAAUCUCCUCCGCAUCUACCAGACCCUCCUCAUCGACCUCGACUUCACCCCGCGCGAGAUCGAGGGCUGGCUGGCGCAGGGCCACCUCGGUCGUAACAUCGUGAUGCACUUUGAGAAUAACCUAGGCAAAAUCCCAGAGUCCCUGAUGAUGUGGUUGAUGGCGCACAUCUGGAUCUUCGGUCUCGAGCCCGGUGCCGCGCUGCAGGAGGAUGUGCCCGUCUUCAAGUUCUCGGAUGAAGAUAAGGAAUUUUUGGGGCAGUUUGAUGCUCCGCCAGAGUGGGCUGGCAUGCGUGCCUUGGAGAUCGAGUCUGCGAUGGAGUGGGAGCUUGAGAUUGUUAGGUCGUUGGCGCGUGUGAGGGCCGUAACGGAGCCGAAGGAAUUUCUGAAAAAGUGGCUAUUGGGUCCGGAGAAGGAGGAGGAGGAGGAGUAUCCUUUGACGUGUGAGCGGCGCCUUGAGCCCGAUAAUUGGAGGAAGUUGUACUCGAGCUGGGAAUGGCGGCAGAAGAUUGUGGAUAUGUGGUAUCGCUCGCCGCGGAAGGAUUGGAUGAAGAAAUGA